AUGGGGAAGGUUCGGUUUCAAAGUACAACGUUAAAUGCCACCAUUAUGGCCCAAAAGGCACAAGCUCAGUCCAGCAUGUCGACUGGAACCAAAACAAGCACGUACAUUGCUACUCAAUGGGACGACAAAUUUGAGCUUCUUGAAAACGUUAUUGAUGAGAAUAGCCUUUGCGCGGAUGUCGUUGUUCAAUUGGUUAUGCUUAGAGUGCUUCUAUUCAUUUCUGAUCUACAUGAAGAAAACUGCGGAAGUAAACAG